CGGGAGUGUAACCAUGAGGAGGAGGUCAGUUGCUUCCCACACUACAUGGGGUUGAGCAGCCCUCCCGCGUCUCCCUCACUCCGACACACGGCCCUCCCUCACACACGUCGUCAUUAUUGUACGCCACCUAUAAAGCUAAUGAAUGAAUGAGAAGCUUUCGUCACGUUCCUGGAAAGAAAGUUGAGUUACAAGAAUGGGUAACUCUCCUCAGAUACCUCAUAAGACAAUAAUAACAAUGGUAUGUUUAUAUUGGCCAGGUUAGUGUGACAGAAAAUGGACUCUAAAACACCUGAUUAUUGACGGAAGACUUGUGAACGUGCCAGGGUUACGUAUUCUCAAAGUGUUAUAAUACUGUCUGACAUCUUAGUCUGCCAAAGAGAGGACUAGGUCAGGUAAGGGCAGGGAAGGCAUCAAACGUGUGUGUGUGUGAUGUGGGGCAAAAUGGAGUCAGCGGGACACAGCAUGGUGAAGAGAGACUAUUGCUCCAACACAUUCGACCCGCUGGGCUAUAUCGCCUUCCUCAUGAUUGGCUUCCAACUCGCCAUCAACAUCAUCAAUAUCAACAUUAACAACAAUAAUAACAACAAUAACAAUAACAACAACAAUAAUAAUAACAAUAACAAUAAUGCCAACGGUAUGGGAAGAACACUCGGGGAAACAGAACUGAUAUUUCCUGAUGGUGACGAAUCUGUUGACAAAAACAACAGAGAGAAAAUACCUAACGUAGAGAGAACAACAUCUGACAAUCAUAGAAAACGACUCUUAGACGAAUGGCUUAUUAAGGGUGGACUAAAAAAGGACAAAAAAUCAGUAAACACACCAAAACAAAGAUGUUCAUGUAGACGUUAUGAGAAACAAGGACACCUGACUGGCGGGCGUGUACUGAGGCUACUCCAACACAUCCCCAGCAGUCCUCAGUGUCUGGCAAGGCUAGGCUGUGAAGUGACUCAGGCAGCCAAGAGACACCUAAUCCUGUCUAUUCUCAGGUUAGUGACUGGUCAGGGGGGAAGCUGGAGGGAGACGGUGGUACAGAUGACCUCCGAGAACUGUGUCAAUCUCCUACCAGACUGCUCACCACCUCCAUCAAGGGGUGAGGUAUAGGGUAAAGGGGGGUAUGAGACCUUUAAUACCCCCUCCUUCCCCUUUCCAUUAUCAGGUUGUCUCCUCGCGUUGGUGUGACAGGUGGUGGUGAAGAGCCGGAUCGUUGUCCAUUUUGUUACCAUCUGUGAAGGUGCUGAUGUUAAAGAGCGGGUUGACCGUUUGUCAUCCUCCUUUUCACCACCACCUACUGUGGAGUGAGGCAGCUGGUAUGAGAGAUGGUACCACCUUCCUGCCUUAUCCAUCUGAGUACCAUCGCCAAGGAUCACCAAAGAUGAGAAAAAUAUACGUAAAAUUCAUAAAAUUAAACAAAAGCAUUUAAAA